CUGAGUGUUGCAGUGUGCAUUGGAUUUUUUGCUGCCUGGAGCCCUUAUGCCAUCAUUGCCAUGUGGGCAGCUUUUGGAUCAAUAGAUAAGAUUCCUCCAUUAGCCUUCGCUGUGCCAGCUGUCUUUGCGAAGUCCUCCACACUCUACAAUCCAGUUAUCUAUCUACUCCUGAAGCCCAAUUUCCGAAACACCAUCACCAAAGAUUUCACAGUCCUUCAACAGUUAUGCAUCAGGAGAUGUUUUUGUGUCAAGACACCGCAGAACUACAGAUCAGCUUUGAACACCAGCCUGAGAACAUUUAAGGGCAAAAAUGAAUCCAGCUGUAAUUCUCUGCCAAUUGUGGAAGAAUGUUCUUACUUCCCCUGCGAAAAGCGCAGUGAUACUUUUGAAUGCUUUCAAAGCUAUCCAAAAUGCUGCCAGGAGAUGCUAAGUGCUACAGAAUGCCCUCCUCAAGAAACUGUGUCCUUGGAAAGCAACAUCCAAGCAAAAGUGAGACAGGCCAGUAAGAAGUCAAUAAAGGUGGUUGUGCAGGGAGAAAAAAGUACAGAAAUUGAUACCUUAGAAAUCACCUUGGAAGCAAUACCUGUGCAUCGUACAUUUACAGACCUCUAG